UAAGGAGAAUGUGUGCAUAGUGAAGUAAAGGAAGAUGGAGAAAGUGAAGGUGCUCCGGCGACUAUUGGAGACUCCGGGGGUUCACCAGGGCCCUGCAUGUUACGACGCUCUCGGCGCCAAGCUCAUAGAAGCCGCCGGCUUCCCUUACUGCAUCACCAGUGGCUUCUCCAUUGCCGCUUCCAGGUUGGCUCUUCCCGACACUGGACUCCUCUCCUACGCCGAAAUGCUCGAUCAGGGCCGACUCAUCACCCAAGCCGUCUCCAUUCCCGUCAUUGGCGACGCCGACAACGGCUACGGCAACGCCAUGAACCUCAAGCGAACCGUCAAGGGUUUCAUCGCCGCCGGUUUCGCCGGUAUCCUUCUCGAAGACCAGGUGGCGCCGAAAGCGUGUGGACACACGCGAGGAAGGAAGGUGUUGCCGAGAGAUGAGGCGGUGAUGAAGAUUAGGGCGGCGAUUGAUGCAAGAAAAGAGAGCGGUUGUGAUAUUGUGAUUGUGGCGCGUACGGAUGCUCGGCAAGCUGUGUCGUUGGAGGAAGCGUUGAUCCGAUGCAGGGCCUUUGCGGAUGCUGGAGCCGAUGUUCUUUUCAUCGAUGCACUUGCUUCCGUGGAAGAGAUGAAGGCUUUAUGUCAAGUUUCUCCCCAUGUUCCAAAACUGGCUAAUAUGCUUGAAGGAGGAGGCAAAACGCCUUUACUUAAUCCCAAGGAGCUUCAAGAAGUUGGUUAUAAACUUGCUGUUUAUCCACUUUCUUUGGUUGGGGUUUCCAUACGGGCAAUGCAGGAUGCACUUUCUGCUAUUAAAGGAGGCGGUAUCCCUCCUCCAGGAAGCAUGCCAUCUUUUGAAGAAAUUAAGGACAUCGUAGGUUUCAACUCUUAUUAUGAAGAAGAGGAGCGUUAUUCUACAAGCACCAAUAAGUAAACAGCAACCAACCCUUUUACCCAGUUCAUUGUAUUCUAGUGUCAUCAGAUGCUUCUCCAACUACUUUUAUUUUUGCUGUCUUUAGAAUGGAACUUCUAAUCUUAAGGAUAUGUUCCAGUUCGAUAUCUAUCUGGUUAGUAUUUUAUCAAAAUAAUCUAAAUCCGUCUAAGUAA